CCCAACUUUUUCACACACCCACCCUUUCCUCACAAACCCAUCUCUCUGAAAAAUAGUUCACAGUCAGAGAAAAAAAAAGACAAGAUGGGUUCCUAUAGAUCAUCUUUGAUCUUCUUCUUGUUCACGAUUUUAGUGGUAUCGACAGCCUUGGACAUGUCGAUCAUAGGGUACGACCAAACCCACGUCGACAAAUCGAGUUCGAGGACCGACGAGGAAGUGAUGGGUCUGUACGAGGCGUGGCUUGUGAAGCACGGCAAGGUCUACAACGCCUUAGGAGAGAAGGAGAAGAGGUUCGAGAUCUUUAAGGAUAAUCUCUUGUUCAUCGACCAGCACAACGCCGAGAACCGGUCUUACAAGCUCGGGCUGAACCGGUUCGCUGACCUGACCAACGAGGAGUACAGAGGCAUGUACCUAGGUAUGAAGAAGAGUGGUCUUAGGAAGCUUUCGAAGCCUAGGAGCGAUCGUUAUGUGCCACGUGUCGGUGAUAAGUUGCCCGAGUCCGUUGAUUGGAGGAAAGAAGGUGCGGUCGUUGACGUCAAAGACCAAGGGAGUUGUGGGAGUUGCUGGGCAUUCUCAACAAUUUCGGCUGUGGAAGGGAUAAACAAGAUUGUGACUGGCGAUCUGAUCUCACUAUCAGAGCAGGAACUGGUGGACUGUGAUACAACAUACAAUGAAGGAUGUAAUGGGGGUCUCAUGGACUAUGCCUUUCAGUUCAUCAUCAACAAUGGUGGCAUUGACACUGAAGAGGAUUAUCCUUAUAAAGCUAAUGAUGGCAGAUGUGACACAUACCGGAAAAAUGCCAAGGUUGUUACUAUUGAUGAUUUCGAGGAUGUUCCUGUUAAUAACGAGAAAGCACUGCAAAAGGCAGUAGCUAACCAGCCAAUAAGCGUUGCCAUAGAAGGAGGUGGCAGGGAAUUCCAGUUAUAUGACUCGGGUGUAUUCACAGGAAGAUGUGGGACAGCACUGGACCAUGGAGUUGCUGCUGUUGGGUAUGGCACAGACAAUGGUGUUGAUUACUGGAUUGUGAGGAACUCAUGGGGUGCAAGCUGGGGAGAGGCAGGUUAUAUUAGGAUGGAGCGCAAUUUGGUUGGCAAAGCAACUGGCAAAUGUGGAAUAGCAAUGGAGGCCUCCUACCCUAUCAAGAAAGGUCAAAAUCCUCCCAACCCAGGCCCAUCUCCACCGUCUCCAGUAGUGCCCCCAACUGUCUGUGACAACUAUUACUCCUGUCCUGAGAGCAAUACCUGCUGCUGUCUUUAUGAGUAUGGAAGAUCUUGCUUUGCAUGGGGAUGCUGUCCACUUGAGUCUGCCACCUGCUGCGAUGACUAUUAUUCUUGCUGCCCACAGGAAUAUCCCGUCUGCAAUCUUAAAGAAGGCACCUGCCUGACGAGCAAGAACAACCCAUUCGGAGUGAAGGCAUUGAGGCGAACUCCUGCUAGACCUUAUUGGGCAAUUGGAAGUGACAGCAAGAGCAGCAGUGCUUAAGCAAAUCUUCAAUCUGGUGGAUGACAUGUUAAUAAGGAGUAUGAAAAAAUCAUAGCAGCGAUUGAUGUUCUCCUUUGUGUUAUUCCACUUGCUACCCACAUUUCUAUCGUUAAGAUACAGAUUGAUGCUCUGUUGAAGAUUAUUUAUUUAGAUACUGAUUAUGUAUAUAGUACUAUAUUUGUUUCUGCUGCAUUUGAAAAACCAACAGACAUUUUAUCUGUUUCCAAAAGCCACCUGUAAAUUCAGUCAUUCAGCAGUGUCUUUAAUGAAUUGCUUUAUCAUUCCAAUGCUA